AUGGGGAAAAUCUACACAAUAGGUUUGGCAACAUUUGCUGCAACUGGCAGCUUUCUGUUCGGUUAUGAUUCUGGUAUUUUCAAGAAACUCACUACAAUCAAAUAUGAAACUGAUAUUAUAGGUGUCAUGACCGAUGUUAUCGCCUCGCAUCACUUCUUGAAAUUCUUCAAUACGACCAAAACAUCCACCAUUAUCGGGGCAAUCAACAGUACAUUCUCACGCGGAGCGGUCAUUGGUGCUCUUAUGGCGGGUCUGACUAUCGACCGAUUCGGACGUAGAAGGACAAUCCAGAUGGGUGCAUUACUGGCGACUAUUGGUGAUAUUCUCCAAUGUGCUGCUCAGAAUCUGGUCAUGAUCCUAGUUGGACGAAUCAUCGCUGGCUGGGCAGUGGGUGUGCUCAGACUUUCACAGCAAAUGAUUGGGGUUUGUUUCAUCGUUAGCACGUGGAUUGGAUAUGGUUCCCUUCAUGCCCCCGACACCAACUCCUUGCAAUGGCGAUUCCCCCUCGCGUUCCAGGCACUUCCUGCAUUCAUGUUGUUUGCAGGAAUGUUUUGGCUUCCUGAGUCUCCUCGCCAUCUCAUCGAAAAAGACCAUGACGAUAAAGCCUUGAGCAUCCUAAAGCGCUUGCACUAUGACGGCACGAAUAUGGAAUGGAUUCAAACCGAAUUCACCGAGAUUAGAACCACCAUAAACACUGAACGGGCUAUCACGGCUCCUGGGUGGACAAUCAUGUUUAAGGUACCGCAGUGGCGCACUCGGCUGUUGCAAGGAACUUUGGUGCAGGUUUUCUCCCAGAUGACCGGAAUCAACGUGGAGGAAGGUUUCACUGAAGAUCCAUAUCUCUCCGGAGAACUCUCAUACGCAACUGUUGUUGGCCUUGAAAGCCGGAAUGUUUCAGCAACUGUCAAGCACUUCAUCGGUUACAGUAACCCGGAACAGGGUCUGAACACUGGUCCGGUCCAUGGAGGUGAAAGGGAACUACGCACAACGUAUGAUGGAAUUCCUUCAGUCUCCGAUGCCUAUACCCUAACCGACAUCCUGCGCGGCGAGCUGGACUACAAGUACUGGGUCGUUAGCGACGCUGGGGCCACCGACCGAGUCUGCACAUACUUCAAACUGUGUCAAGGCAACCCUAUUGAUUCAGACGCAGUAACGUUGGAGGUCCUGCCCGCUGGCACCGACGUGGAAAUGGGAGGUGGAUCAUUCAACUUCAAACAAAUUCCCAGUCUCGUCGAGGACGGAAGAUUGGAUAUCAAGAUUGUGGAUCAAGCGGUGUCACGCCUCCUCCGCGCCAAGUUCGAAAUGGGCUGUUUGAGAACCCAUUCCCCGCUGUUCCGCAACAUCAACCGAGAAUCGAUCGUGCUCUUGGAGAACCACAACAACACUCUUCCACUCAAGAAGACGAGCAAGGUUGCUGUGAUAGGUCCCAUGGCUCAUGGAUUCGUAAAUUACGGAGACUACGUUAUAGGCGGAAGCCAGAGCCGCGGAGUGACGCCUCUUGAUGGAAUACGUGCUGCUGUUGGCGACUCGGCCAGUGUCACCUAUGCCCAAGGGUGUGAAAGGUGGAGCAGCGACCAGAGCGGCUUUCCACAAGCCAUCCAAGCAGCCAAGGAGGCGGACGUUGCUGUAGUUGCUGUGGGGACAUGGUCUAGGGACCAGGAUGAGCUCUGGGCUGGAGUGAAUGCUACGGAUCGGCACGCCGCAACCGUGGAUAAGACAAAUUCCACCAUCAAGGACACACUUACGGCGAGUGUGGAUGUCACCAAUACUAGCCCCGUGGAUGGAACAGAGGUUGUACAACUCUACAUUGUCGAUACCAUUGCCAGUGUCGACGUGCCUAAUCGCAGGCUUAAGGGGUUCAAGAAACUUCGCAUCAAAGCCGGUGAGACUGCUUCUAUCAAGCUUCCAGUCUCCAUUCAAGAAAUAGGACUAUGGAAUAGGAAGAUGAAGUAUGUUGUGGAGCCGGGCGAGUUUACCGUGCUGAUCGGAAAAAGCUCAACGGAUAUUAUUGGAAAUGCCACCUUUUAUGUGUCUUGA